AUGAAGAAGACACGCCGGGUUGCCGACGAGAGUAUGUACGGCGACGGCGGAGGGGCCGUGCCGGAAUUACCCAUCAUGAUGAUCGAGGGUGGAGCUGGAAUUAGGAGACCGGUUGGAAGGAGGGGUAUUUCGGUCAUUUUAGGCAUUGUCCGUGCACCUCUUUCUCUUCUGUCAUGGUUGUCGAGUGAUCCGGCGGGUAGGAUCAACGGCGGCGCUGAUGGGGUAUGGGCUUCCGGCGAGAUGGGACUUAUGUCGGAGAUGAAUCAUUUGAUGAUCAACGACAGCAUGCGUUAUGCCAUCUUGUUGUAG